AUGAGUUACAAGGAGAACGGCAACAUGUCCUUCUACGUGAAACCGGAGCCGCGCGACGGUGCAAUACCGCCACUUAACCCCUUCAACGGAGUUCCGACAGGUAAUAUCGCGUCGAGCAACGUCAAGCAAGAGGAACCGCAGCCUGUCAAAACUGAAGUGAAACAUGAGUUGCCCCAACAGCAGGAUGUGCCCAUGAUGGAGGCUCCUCGAUAUGAAUCACCGGAAAAAGUGAAGUACACCGUCUACAAAAACGUCACCGACAUCGCCUACACACCCGAAGGCGCGCUCUCAGAAGGCCUGAAAAUGAUCGAGUCACUGCAAGAGCGUAUCAACAAAUUGGUUCUGGGUAGUAAGAUGCGGCAAGAAGUUUGGAAGAGGGAGAUUCAAAAUUUGAAGAAUCAAAGUACACCAACCACGUUGAUCGCAGUAUGUGGAGCGACAGGCGCCGGGAAGUCAUCUAUUUUGAACGCUGUAUUGGAUGAUAACAUUGUGCCCACCAGUGGAAUGCGCGCUUGCACCGCUGUUGUCACCGAAAUUUCUUACCACAAGAAGGGGACUAUCGAUGGCGAUGUAUCUUUUCUAUCAGAGGAGGAAUGGCGCCAGGAGCUCUCAGUCCUUUUGCACGAUCUCACUGAAGAGGACGGCAAGGUCAAGCGCACCACAGACUUGAAGAGCGAUGCCGGUAUCGCUUGGCAGAAGGUCCACGCUUUGUACCCCGCAAUCUCUAUCGAAGAACUGGUCAAGAUGACCCCUGACCAAAUCAUCAAUUACGAUCAAAACCUUCGUAACAUUCUGGGAACUACAAAGAAGAUCGUGGCCAAAGACUCCAAGCAGUUUGGGAAGGAGAUUGCCAAGUAUAUCGACUCGAAGGAUCAAAAGCGUGGCGACAAGAAAGACAAGAAGAAGGAAAAGAAAAAGGAAAAGAGUGUAAUGGACAAAGUGCGCGAAGCGGCCGGUGUUGCCGAUGCUAACGCUGCGCGGAACAACAUCGCAAAGGAUUACAUGAAGAAGGCUAACUGCAUUUGGAUCCUCGCCCCCAUUACCAGGGCAGUCGACGAUAAAACCGCCAAAGAUCUUCUUGGCGACGCGUUCAAGAUGCAACUUAUGAUGGAUGGAAACUACGAUGACCAUUGCAUCACCUUCAUUGCGAGCAAAUGUGACGAUAUAUCCUGCUCAGAGGUCAUUCACGCCCUCCAGCUUCACGACGAUCCCGAGCUGCUCGAUAUCGAAGAGCACAUUGAUUCGGUCAACGACCAAAUCAAAGAACAGAAGCAGAAGAAGAGCGUCGCCGAGAAACUUGUCAAAGGAAUUGAAGCGGACAUGAAGGACAAACGAGAGCGUUUGGCAGACCACAAAAAUCAUCUCGACGCAUUGGAAAACGGCGAACCCUACACCUCCAAGUUUGCCAAGAAACAUACCAUGUCGGCGAGCAAGAAAAGGAAGAACAAGCGCGAUGGGAAGCAAGGCCCGAGCAAGCGUCGCCGAAGCAGCGCCAUGAGCGACGAGGAAGAUGAUGAAGACGAUGAAGAGGACGAUAUUUCCUCCUCGUCAGAAAGCGAAAGCGAAGCGUCUGAUUCCGACGAAAGCGAUUCCGACUCCGAUGAAUCGACUGCAUCUCAAAAUGACUCGGACGACGAGUCUGCCAUUGAGGUGGAAGAACUGAUUGAGCCUGAAGAAGAGACUGAAGAGAGUCUUACAGCCAAGAUUUCGUCUCUUGAAGACGCGAUCAAGGAAACCCGGAAGAAGUUGAAGGAGGCUAAAGCGGAAAAGAGCGAGGCAGCCGACCGUAUCUCAGUACUUGAAAAACAGUUGACCAAAGUUCAAAAGGAGAAAAAUGCAUUCUGCUCCAAGAAGCGCUCCGAGUUUUCACGGGACGUUUUGAAGGAAGAUUUCCGAACUGGUUUGAAGGAGUUGGACGAUGCCGCUGCCGAGGAACGCGAUCCUGACAAUUUCGACCCGUCAGUCAAUCUUCGAGACUAUGCCGCCAUUGAUCUUCCCGUCUUCACUUGUUCCAGCAGGGACUACGUCAGAUUGAAAGGUCAAGUUAAGGGGGACGGCGAGCCAAGCUGUUUCUCUAAUGUGCGCGACACGGGAAUCCCCGACCUGCAGGCAUGGUGUCACCAGCUUACCAUCGCAUCUCGGGAACGAGGUGUUAGAAACUUCAUGACCCAGCUUGCUUUAUUCGCUAAGUCUGUUCAAAGCUAUGUCGACGGCAUCAACGAUGUCACGGCUGCCGAUCGUGCACUCUUACAAGAAAAGUGGGAAUCGCGGGGAUUCAACGAACCUGAGGAGCCCCCAGCACCCAUGCCUGGCAACAUUUGGGCCGACCUCAACAACGACCCCCUACAAGAUGUCUUAGGGCGGCUGGGCGCCGGUAUCGAUGACCUAUACCACAUGAACAAACCGGAACCGAAGCUCGAUGCCAAUGGGCAGCCAGUGGGCAUCACGCCUAGACUGUGCAUGGAAUUUUCGGCUUUGGUUGAUGAAUGCGUUGAAGACUUGAAGGCCAAAUUUAAGGACAACUUGGAGGAGAAAUGCAAAACUGGAGCAGCGGCCGCUUCGAGUGCCGCCAUUCCUCUUCUCGAUGAGUUUACUGCUUCAAUGCACUGGAGCACGUUCAGAGCCACUUUGCGUCGACAUGGUGCAUGGCGUCGGGAUCUCAACGUCGAAUUGAUUAAUCCGUUCACGAAGAGCAUCGCGCACUCCUGGGGACAGUUGUUCGAAUCAGAUCUUUUUGGCCACUUCGAAUCAUCCACCAUGCAGUCAAUCACCAACUUGCUGAAAGAGGUGGAGGAGUCAGCUGCUCCAGGCUUGAAAGACCGCACUCGUUUGCAAGGGGAGGCGUGUUUGGAGGAGGCCAAGGCCGCGCUACAAAAGACAAUGACCACUAUCCGCGAGACCAUGAACACGGAACAGAAGGAGACUUCCCGUUUACUCUCGCCUCACGUCCAAGAACAGCUUCGCGAUGGAUACGAUGAGGCCAUGACUUUCACCGGGAAAGGCAGUGUAGCUCGGCAAAAAGCAUACUUCCGCUCGUUCCUCGAUGAAAUCAAAGACGACAUAUUCGACGACGGUGCUGGCGUUUUAAUGGAUCGACUCGAUCAAGGUGCGGCUGCGAUAGGCGAAGCCCUGGACGAGGCCCUCGGAAACCUUGCGCAAAAGAUUGAAGUCAAUCUUGCCGUCCUCUGGGAGGGUGUACGUGACGACCCGGCUCAAGUCCGAGCGCGUCAACACGUCGUUGACGUUGUGUCCGAAGUGCAAACUCAGGUUGAGAUGUGGCUUCAAGCGGCUUCCUUAAAGAAGGAGGCUGAACUUCCUGUGGACGAUGACGUUGACAUGGAUUGA